UCCUGCAGCAGCACAAAGAGACCAAGCGCACAACGCUUUCCUCGCUUUUGUCCAUUUGAAAAGAUUUCAUUUCUUGAUCGCCCGCGCUCGGCUUUUCAUGCGGUGGUUAGUUGUCGCCACGUUUAACCAAGUAAUUUAGUUUUAGGGACUAAUUUCAACGGCAUCUGUUUGACAGGAAGCCACUCGCAGAAAAAGCAGAUGAGAGAUACUUGGCGCUCUCUUCCUCUCUGAGAGGAGACUCUCGCAGCGAUGAGUUCAUUUCGGUCUUCUUAUUGUACAACUUAUUUAUUCUGACUACAAAGAUGGAACAAAGUCUUGAUGAUCUUUUUAACGGUGCAUUUUCAGAAGUGUCUGUUGGCUUUUUGGAAAAUGAAGAUUUGGAAUUGGACGGCAUAGACUUUGACAGUAAGGUGGAGGAAGACAUUUCUCAACCAACGGAGGAGGACGAGGCUCUGCACCAGGAAGCAGCUGGUGCGGCUUCAGUUCUGUGUAACAUGGAAAAGAAAGACGCGUACGUGGUCGAAAACGCUGACGAAGAGCAGGGUGACGAUGAAAGCGACGAGGAGGACGUCGGACGUGUAGGGACCAGUGUCAUGAGCACGGACAAAGCUCCACAGGAGGACUUCACGAGCUCGGAUGCAGGGUCCGAGGAGGGGAGCUGUGACUCUGGAGACGGAGGCGAGGAAGCGGACACGGGAGCAGCCGCGAGGCCGGGGGAUCUGCUGAUGUCAGUUCGCUGCAGUGACGAGUUCGUCUACGAUGAUAAAGAGGACGAGAUCUCUGCCGUGGGACAGUCUCUGGCCCCCGAGGGCAGCGAAAGCCCCCAAGCUGGAAAUGAAGAGCAAGGUGAGAGCGAGAUGGAUGAGCAGUUGUCCUAUAUUGGGCAAGUCCCAGAACGGGCCGGAGAGAUGAUGGUGAAAGGUGACGGGAGCGACGAGGACGAGCAGGAAAAGCAGGAAGAGACGCAGGAGGACUCGUCUGAUUCUGAGAGUGAGCGUGUGAGAAGACGAGAGGAAAACGUCCCGGCUCUCGACUCUGAGCAGGAGGCUCAAAGUCCCCACAGCUUGGAGUUCUCCGAAAUAUGCGUGCAACAUGAGCGGCAGCUAAGCGCACAGGCUGCUGAGGAAGAUGUGGCGAAGAUGGAGGAUUUCUCCGGAGAGGAGCAUCAAGAGGCCGGGGAGACGUUUGCAGAGUAUCCCUCCGACUUUUCCUCCUGUGAAUACGUCGAAGGUGGAGGAGGGAAUCCAGAAAAGGAGAGAGCUGCGACAGAUAUAAGAUGGACGGGAAAGGAGGAGGACGCUGAGGAGGACGGGGACGACUGUCUGGACGGCAGGGAUCGAGAGACGGGUGCUCGUUGGGUGACGGGUUUGGAUCAGGCAACGCAGGAGGACGGCAAAACAAAGGUCGAGACCAUCGCGUGUGGAAGUGAUGACGACCAGGCAGCUGAGAGUGACUCCUACAGCUCCAGUGAUGAUGAUGAUGAUGAUGAUGAUGAUGAUGACGAGGAUGACGACAGCGAUGAUAUUCAAGGAAGGAAAUACGAUGAGCUUUCACUCAACACACGUCUCUUAGAUCCAGAAAACUACAAGGACCUGGAGCUUUACGGUGACAGUGGUGGAGCAGGUUCUGGGUCCAGCAUCUCUGACGACCACCAAGGAAACACGGCCGCUUUUAACAUCCACUGGGACUUCAAGUUCAGCUCCCUUCUGGACGAGGACCUGCUAAGCACAGUGGACACCGACUUAGCUGCUUCAUAUAUGAACGCGCCUCCUGCAGGAGACAGCGGCAGCUAUUCAGUGGUGCAGAGGGGGCAGAGCCAGGCCACACACACGUCCCACCAGGGGUCCCUGGAUGACGGCUUCUUCUUCAACACGCAGCACGUGGCCUCAGGCGCCGCUGAACUGGGCCAGCUGGGGGACGACGAGUACGAAGAGGAGAGGAACUGGGAGCAGGAGAAGGAGAGAAUCGAGGCUUUCUACAAGUUUUACGACGAUGACACCGAGGAGAACGGCAGGGAGGAGCGGAAGACGAAGGUUCAGUUCUGUGCAGAUCCAUUGUCUCAGGUGAUUCACUAUGAGACCGACAGCAGCGACAGAGAUUCACUGAGCAGCUCGGAGGAUGACGAGGAGGACGAGGAGGAUGAGGAAGAUGAGGACCGGAGCUCUGCAGAAACAUCUGAGGAACAGAGGGAACCUGACGACACCCUGCAAAUGGGACCUGAGCACGACCCCCCAGAUGUGGAGGUCCCAGACAACACGGAGCAGAGCGAAGUCAGCAACACACACACGUGCAGCAGAAAACACAAGUGUGGGCUCGUUCUAAAGCAGAUACUGAGGAUGGGUCUGGUGGUGCUGACAGGAACGCUGAUGUUCUGGCUGGCCACAGACCAAGCUGACUGGUUUGGACAAAUUCCUUUUUUUAAGGGCUAAAGAUUUUUCUCUUUUUGGUUAUUUUUUAUGUAUAUUUGCAAACUAUCAAAAACAAUUAUUGAAUUGUAAAAAGUGCUGGAUAUUAAAAAACUAUUAUCUGUAAUAUGUUUUUUGCUCUUAAUAAAGAUCUGGUUUGUGAA